UUCCCUCUCGGUUAAAUGUCACUAGAAUCAUAUGUCAAAACGUCAAAAUUGUUUUGGUUUUGAUAUUUGAUAAUACAUUUCAUACAUUUCAAGUUUCAAGUAUACUUUUUGUCACAGGAAAAUAUUUAUUCUUCAUUAAAUCAUGUCUACCAUAACGAUAAGUGCCGUUCGUCCAAGGACUAGUAUUCUUGAUAAAUCGUUAAGCAAAGGCAAGGGAGAAGUUAGUUUGAGUUGUUUCGCUCUCCUUUUUUCGGAACUUGUUCAAUAUUGUCAAAAUCGCGUCUAUACGGUACCGGAACUUCAAAACAAAUUAGCUGAAUUGGGAAUGGAGGUGGGACAUCGAGUAACAGAUCUUCUUGUUGUGCGGGAAAAAGGUGGCAAAAGAGAAAUAAAACUACUCAAUAUUCUUCUCUUUGUGAAAAGUACACUUUGGAAAUCAUUAUUUGGCCGUGAAGCGGAUAAAUUGGAGCACGCUAAUGAUGAUGAACGGACUUAUUACAUUAUUGAAAAAGAAUCCCUAGUCAAUAAAUUUGUCUCCGUUCCAAAGGACAAAGGUAGUUUGAAUUGUGCGUCAUUUGUCGCUGGAAUUGUUGAAGCUGUUUUAUGUGACAGUGGAUUCCCUGCUAAAGUUACGGCACACUGGCAUAAAGGUACAACCUACAUGAUUAAAUUCGAUGAAGCUGUCAUUGCUCGUGACAAGCAAUUAGAUGACAGAUAAAAUAAUAUUUUAACACACUUGAUAUUAAUUAUAAUACAAAAUAAGGUAAUAUAAUCAAAUAGCAUAAAAUACAUUUUUAAGAAUAAAAAUUAUAAAAGGAAAAGAAAUGAAAAGAAAUAGAA